AUUUUGUGGAACGCCAGAGCAGCUAAGUGCGUCAGUUGUGGAGAUACGUAGACGAGUUGAGUCCUGGUCUGCGGGGAGGUAGACGGCUCCGUCGCAGACUACGGACCUCUCUCUUGGGUCUCAGCUGCCAAAGAUCCUGUCCGGUAGGUGAGUGGCUCACUUUGAGGGAAUGGCUUCUCGGAUCGAGGCUUCUUCAUGGCUACUCAGAUCGCGAGUGGCCAGGGCUGCUCUCUUUGCGGAGGACGGCGUCCAAUGAGCGCAGUUUAUUCGAGGCGCGGCCGUGGCAUUGCGAGAUUCCGUCUUCUACCCGCUGUGACGCUCCUGGGAGGCGGCGACGCGCGCUCGGCCCGUCGUCAUUGGGCUGGCCUUGCGGAGGGCGGGGCCGGCUCCGCCCGCACUUCUCGGCCUUUCCUAACUGCGGCAGAUGGGAGGGGGCCAGAAGAGCCGGGGAGAGUGUGAGGCUGCGCAGUUCCAGAGGCGGCAGUGGGCGUUGCGGUUGCUGUGUUCUGGGCCCAGGGAAGGAUCGUGUUGGGAGCCGAGUUUUAAUUUUGUCUGCAAGGGACCUGGCCUAAUAAGAGGCACUCUUGGCAAUCUUGUUUAUAACAUCACCCGGAACUGCUAGCCGGGCGUUAUGAGUGGUUGUCGAGUAUUCAUCGGGAGGCUAAAUCCAGCGGCCAGGGAGAAAGACGUGGAAAGAUUCUUCAAGGGGUAUGGACGAAUAAGAGAUAUCGAUCUCAAAAGAGGCUUUGGUUUUGUGGAAUUUGAGGAUCCCAGGGAUGCUGACGAUGCUGUAUAUGAACUUGAUGGAAAAGAACUUUGUAGUGAAAGGGUUACUAUUGAACAUGCUCGGGCUCGAUCCCGAGGGGGAAGAGGUAGAGGACGCUAUUCUGACCGUUUCAGUAGUCGCAGACCUCGAAAUGAUAGACGAAAUGCUCCACCGGUUAGGACAGAAAAUCGGCUUAUAGUUGAGAAUUUAUCUUCAAGAGUCAGCUGGCAGGACCUCAAAGAUUUCAUGAGACAAGCUGGGGAAGUAACCUUUGCGGAUGCACAUCGACCUAAAUUAAAUGAAGGGGUGGUUGAGUUUGCCUCUUAUGGUGACUUAAAGAAUGCUAUUGAAAAACUUUCUGGAAAAGAAAUAAAUGGGAGAAAAAUCAAAUUAAUUGAAGGCAGCAAAAGGCACAGGUCACGAAGCAGGUCUCGUUCCCGGACCAGGAGUUCCUCUAGGUCACGAAGCAGGUCUCGUUCUCGGAGUCGGAAGUCUUACAGCAGGUCUAGGAGCAGGAGCAGGAGCCGGAGCCGGAGCAAGUCCCGUUCUGUUAGUAGGUCUCCUGCACCUGAGAAGAGCCAGAAACGUGGUUCUUCAAGUAGAUCUAAGUCUCCAGCAUCUGUGGAUCGCCAGAGGUCCAGGUCCCGGUCCCGGUCCCGGUCCAGAUCAGUUGACAGUGGCAAUUAAACUGUAAAUAACUUGCCCUGGGGGCCUUUUUUAAAAAAAAAAAAAAAUUCCCAUACCAUACUUGCUAAAAUUCUGGUAAGUAUGUGCUUUUCUGUGGGGGUGGUAUUUGGAGGGGGGUUGGGUUGGGCUGGAUAUCUUUGUAGAUGUGGACCACCAAGGGGUUGUUGAAAACUAAUUGUAUUAAAUGUCUUUUGAUAAGCCUUCUGCUCACAUUUUUGUGAAUGUCUGAAGUAUAUAGUUUGUGUAUAUUGACAGAGCUCUUUUAUAACUAAAGCAAAAUUAAUUUUUUUGUACUAGAAAAAUUUUGAACAUUUUAGUUCCUGGUUAUUCAAAUAUGUUAAUUCAGAAUUAGUUUAAUGCCUCAGUUAAACUAAUUAAUAGCUUUGGACACUUAAAAGAGCUCUAAAUUUGCUUGUAUAUAAAGGCUUAAUUUGAGUUUUCCUUGUUAGGGUCAAGGGAGUCCUCCCAUUCACCCUUGAACAGCUGCCUGGCAAGGGCGGUAAAGCAGCUGUUUGUUAUUGAUAAUAAAAGAUUAUAAAACUGC